ACGCCCAGCCUGCAUUUCAGCCUAGACACCAAGCAGAGAAGAGCUCUCUGCAGCCCUGUUAUUACGUUUUUAAGAAACAAAACGCAAUUUAAGCCAGUUUUUCCCUGGGGCACUCUACAUUUUACAGAAGGGUGCAUAGCAUAAGGAGAUGAGGAUGACACAAUAUGUUCCCUUUAAACAAAUGUAGUUUUCUUUCCCCCAUUUUUUUAUAUUAUCCCCUCCCCCAAUUGGGAAUCUUCCAGUCUCAACCGAAAAAGGAAAAAACUCUACAGAAUAAAAGGAACUGGUAACCUGCAAGAGGAGGCAACCAUCUUCUCAGUAUGGGAUGCUGUGGGAGCACACAGAGCUCCAAACGAGACUGGAGGCCGUUGGAGGAGCACAGCUGUACUGAUAUUCCAUGGCUCCUACUGUUCAUUCUUUUUUGUGUUGGAAUGGGCUUCAUUUGUGGUUUUUCCAUUGCCACUGGAGCUGCCUCACGUUUGGUGUCUGGCUAUGAUAGCUAUGGAAACAUCUGUGGGCAAAAGAAUACCAAAAUUGAAGGGUUUGUUAACAGCGGCCUUGACCACAGCAACCACAAGUACGUUUUUUUCUUGGAUCCUUGCAAACUUGACUUAGUAAAUCGAAAAAUCAAGUCUAUAGCGCUCUGUGUUUCAGAAUGUCCUCGGGAAGAGCUACAAACCCUCAAUGAUGUUAAAAAAUUUGCAGAAACAAAUGGUUCAGCUUUAUGUGAUUAUUCACUUACUCCUUCCCAGUAUACUACAGACAGCAGUGCAUCAUCCUUAUGUCCCAAGCUUCCAGUGCCAAAAAGUGCACCUAUUCCAUUCUUCCAUCGCUGUGCUCCUGUGAACAUUUCCUGCUAUGCCAAGUUUGCAGAAGCCCUGAUCACUUUUGUCAGUGACAAUAGUGUCCUACACAGGCUGAUUAGUGGAGUAAUGACCAGCAAAGAAAUUAUAAUGGGACUUUGCUUGUUAUCACUAGUUUUGUCUAUGAUUUUAAUGGUUAUAAUCCGGUACAUCUCCAGAGUACUUGUUUGGAUCAUAACAAUCUUGGUCGUGUUGGGAUCACUUGGAGGUACGGGUGUUCUCUGGUGGCUCUACGCUGAUAAGAAGAAAUCUUUCAAUGAAAAUCUCCCACCAGAUCAACUUCAGGUUUCCAAAGACAAUCUUCAGGCCCUGCUUGUUUAUGCCAUUGCUGCCACGGUUUUCACAGUCAUCUUGUUGCUUAUGAUGCUGAUUAUGCGCAAGCGGGUUGCCCUCACUAUUGCCUUGUUCCAUGUGGCUGGGAAGGUUUUCAUCCAUCUCCCGCUGCUUGUCUUCCAGCCCUUUUGGACCUUCUUUGCUCUCCUCUUAUUUUGGGUCUACUGGGUAAUGGUUUUGCUGUUCCUUGGAACUGCAGGUGACCCAUCUACUAAUGAGCAGGGGUUUGUGGAAUUCCGGAUCAAUGGCCCUUUGCAGUACAUGUGGUGGUACCACCUUGUGGGGCUCAUUUGGAUCAGUGAGUUUAUUCUAGCUUGCCAACAAAUGACCAUUGCCGGAGCUGUGGUAACUUAUUAUUUCACAAGGAACAAAAAUGAUCUUCCAUUUACCCCAAUUUUGGCCUCAGUAAAUCGACUCAUUCGUUACCAUCUUGGGACCGUGGCCAAAGGAGCUUUUAUUAUCACAUUGGUGAAAAUUCCACGAAUGAUCCUAAUGUACAUCCAUAGCCAGCUGAAAGGAAAGGAAAAUGCCUGUGCACGCUGUAUGCUGAAAUCCUGUAUCUGCUGCCUGUGGUGCCUAGAAAAGUGCCUAGCUUAUUUAAACCAGAAUGCUUACACAGCCACUGCUAUCAACAGCACAAACUUCUGUACCUCUGCUAAAGAUGCACUAGUCAUUCUAGUGGAAAAUGUUCUGAGAGUGGCAGCUAUCAACACAGUGGGGGAUUUUAUGCUUUUCCUUGGCAAGAUUCUGAUUGUGAGCAGCACAGGACUAGCGGGGGUUAUGCUACUGAACUAUCAACGGGACUACACAGUUUGGGUGCUUCCCCUCAUCAUUGUCUGCCUGUUUGCGUUUUUAGUUGCACAUUGUUUCCUUUCCAUCUAUGAAAUGGUUGUUGAUGUCCUCUUCCUGUGCUUUGCUAUUGACACAAAGUAUAAUGAUGGGAGCCCCGGCAAAGAAUUUUACAUGGACAAGGUUCUCAUGGAGUUUGUGGAAAACAGUAGAAGAGCUAUGAAAGAGCCAGGAAGUGCAGCUGAGGGCAGGGAGCUGAAACCAAUGGCUUCGGGGACAAGUACAGCUUGAAUCUAGCCCAGCAAUAUUGGAGCCCAUUGACAUUCCAAAAUUAACCAAGCAGCCAAAAUGAAAGCAGGGUUUAUAACCUCCUGUUUAUAUACAUAUAUAUUUGCUCUGUCUUAUAUGGGUCUCUGCAAGCAGCAUUGUUUAUAUACUUUUUUCUUUUUGGUUGUAUUAGGUGUCCAACGUAUGGAAAGUAAAGAAAAAAACACAUAAAAAAAAAAACACAUAAAAACAUAAGUGAAUCUUGAUACCGCCCCCCCCAUUUUUAAGUCGGGUUUAAAUGCUUUAAAACAUGGGAUUGUCUACAUUUCACUGAUGCCUCUGUGUUCUGUAUUAUGUUUUUUAUACACUGGUAGAUUGAGCUUUUUUUGCCUGUCGUUUGGGAACAAAUUCUAGUUCUAGAAUGUUACAAGAUGAGGGAAUGCAAAAAUUAUAUUUCUUUUUAUAGAAUUGUUUUUACAUUUUUUUAUUCACUCCAUUUUUCCAUAGAAAAUAACAAAACGCUCUUUUAAGCACCUUGCUGUAUUCCUGUAAUCUCUCAGAAUUUGCACUAAACAUACACACAGGCCAGCCGAUAUUAUGGAGGACUGAAACCGGUAAUCAGGAGUAAGGACUGUUUACAGAAAUGACAAAAGGCACCCAUCAAGUGAUAAAGAACAUGUAUUUCCUCACAGCUACCCAAACCAUUAUAAAAUACAAAAAUUCCAAGUUUGAAUAUUCACAAAAAUGAUACGUAUGUGUGAGAAGGUUUUCUCUCCACCCCUUGCUUGUUCCUUAUUACUGAAUGGGUAGCAGAGGUUACAAGGGCGCUCAGGUGUAUUUUGGUUAGAUGUAACCACACCAGACACUGGGUUGUUUGGUUAGCCCUUGGCCCCCGACUGCAGAUUUAGCAGUAGACAAACAUUCAUGGUAACGGAUUAUUUAGCAAUACCUCUGUGAGGUAACCUCUCUUGUUAAAUAUAGAAUCAUUAUUCCAGUGCUGGUUCUCUCUCUCACUCUCAGUGGUAUGUUAUGUUUCUGCCAUUCCUACUAGGCCAAAAAGCUUAGUU